CCUAUCCUUGUUUCAUUUUGGUACAGCCGAUGGGAUUUAUGGUACAGUUAGCUGUUGGCUUUAGAGUAUGACAUUUUUUGUUGCUAAUUUAUCCUGUGACUACACUUGGGUAUGUACAGAACAUUGAGUUACUAAAACGGCUGAAAUAUAAUCGAUUGGGAGAAGUUAGAAACAUCAGUUUAGCCACGAGUCCAUUGUUGCUGAAAGUAUUACUGUAGACAUAGUAUAAAUCCUUUUUACUGUAUUUAUACGUAUUCAGAUAAACUGAUUCUGUGUUUUUUCUAUCCAAAUGAAUGGAAUGUGCCUAAAAUCGGGUUUUUAAACUGAAACGAGAACUCGUAGUAGGAGUCUAUGUGCCGUUACCGCAAGGCGGCAGCCACAGCUGAUUUCACAUGUAGCCGGUCGCAGAACCGAGCGCUCGUUCUGCGCCGUUCGCUCCGUUUGUCUCGGUCGCAACCGCGAUGUUAGUUCGCGGGAAUGAACAGUGAAUGUGAUUAUAAAAAAUAUAUUCUAUUGUGCUUUGUUUUUCUUAAACAUUGCUAAUAGUGACGGUGAAGGUUUUGCCAGGAUAUACUUUUUGCGGAUGUGCAGGCAAACGGAAGCGUGAGCCAUGCGAAGCGACAUGGCGUACCGCGGUUUGUCGCAGCACGUCGAGCUGGACCGGGCUGCCGAUCCUCGCGACCGGUUCACGCUGCAAGAGCUUAUCGGCGAGGGCACAUACGGCGAAGUCUACUGUGCCAGAGACAAAAGAAGUGGCAAGAGAGUCGCCAUCAAAAUUUUAGAAAAUAUCACAGAGAAUAUUGAAGAAAUCGAAGAAGAGUUUUUAGUUUUUCGUGAUUUAUCCAGUCAUCCGAAUAUUCCAGAAUUCUUCGGUUUGUUCCUGAAAAGAGGCCUUAACUCUGAUGAUGAUCAAAUAUGGUUCGUUAUGGAACUAUGUACGGGUGGUUCAGUGACAGACUUAUGUUCCGGCUUAAGAGCUCGGGGAAGUAAUCUCACUGAACCACAACUGGCAUACGUUUUGCGUGGAACCGUGCGCGCUCUCACGCAUCUACACGCCCAUAGGUGCAUGCACCGUGACGUCAAAGGUCACAACAUACUUCUCACCGAAGACGCUGAAGUGAAACUUGUUGACUUCGGUGUGUCCUCACAUCUAGCUGCUACUGCAGCUAGAAGAAAUACAUCAGUAGGGACUCCUUAUUGGAUGGCUCCAGAGGUCAUAGCAUGCGAACAACAAUUAGACCAAUCUUACGAUUGUAGGUGUGAUGUAUGGUCAGUUGGUAUCACAGCUAUUGAGCUUGCGGAAGGUGAACCUCCUUUAUCGGGACUGCAUCCAAUGAGAGCGCUAUUUCAAAUUCCUAGAAAUCCACCGCCGUCUUUAUCUCAUCCGGAGUUGUUUUCACCUCAACUUACAGACUUUAUUAGCGAUUGCCUUAUUAAAGAUAUGAACCAAAGACCUUUCGCAAGGGAACUUUUAGAACAUCCGCUUCUACUUGCUGUUAAUACUUUUGAAGAUAAGAUACGAAAAGAACUCCAAGCAGAAAUAAAAAGGCAAAGAGCUGAUGGCCGUAUCAGUCGUGCACCUGAAGCUACAACAAAAAGAGGCAAGUUAAAAUCACACAGAAAGGCGCCUCCUGAAAAAAUGUAUACCGAUGACCUGGCAACACUCGAGGUGCUAACGGAAGAAGCCAUAGUUGAGCAGUUACAAAAGCGAUAUAAUCAAAACCACAUAUACACGUAUAUAGGUGAUAUUCUGGUCGCAGUGAACCCUUUUACUGACAUUGGAAUUUACACAACCAAGAGUCAACAAAUUUAUCAAGGCCGAUGUAGAUCUGACAAUCCACCACAUAUUUAUGCAGUGGCUGAUGCUGCUCACCAAGCACUCUUGCACCAAAAAGUACAUCAAGCAAUCGUAAUCUCUGGUGAAAGUGGUGCUGGCAAAACUGAAUCUGCUAAUCUUUUGUUAAAGCAGCUUGUAUUCUUAUCUAAGACACAAAAUCGAAAUUUAGAAGAGAAAAUACUUCAAGUAAAUCCUAUCAUGGAGGCUUUUGGCAAUGCCCGUACAGGAAUCAACGCAAACAGUUCCCGAUUCGGAAAGUAUCUAGAUUUAUCUAUGAUGCGAGUGGGCAGAAUAUCCGGUGCAAGAAUAUCUGUCUAUCUGUUGGAACAAUCGAGAGUGGUUCAUCAGGCAUUAGGAGAGAGCAAUUUCCACGUAUUCUACUAUCUGUACGACGGCUUAGAAAGUGAAGGACGUUGGAGGAAGUUCUACUUAGACGAACAAUUAAAAUCGAGACAUCGAUACUUGCAGCCAUUGUCGGUGGUUCAUAGGGAACACAACGUACAUCGCUGGCGACAACUUAAUCAAGCCUUUAGGGUAGUUGGCUUUCAAGAUGAAGAGGUACAAAUCAUAUACAAAAUGCUGGCAGCUAUAUUACAUCUAGGUGAUAUUGAGUUUGGAGAGAUGGCCGGUGAAGAUAACACAGACAAUAGAGCAACCGUCAUUGACACGGCACCACUUCAUCGAGCAUCUUGUCUUCUGGGCGUCGAAACCGCAGAUCUACGAGAAUGUCUGACUAGCAGUAGUGUGGUUGCUAGAGGAGAAACUAUUGCCCGACAUAGUUCUCCUAUUGAAGCUGCAGUUGCAAGAGAUGCCACUGCACGUGGUUUAUAUGCUAGAGCUUUUGACAGAAUUGUUGAGAGGAUUAAUGCUCUAUUGUGUCAAAACAGACCGCAAGGAAUCGAACAGUUAUCCAUUGGAAUAUUAGAUAUCUUUGGCUUCGAAAACUUUACGAAAAAUUCAUUCGAACAACUAUGUAUUAACGUUGCAAAUGAACAAAUUCAGUAUUACUUCAACCAACACAUAUUUACAUGGGAACAACAGGAAUAUAUGGCUGAAGGAGUCCCUGUUGAUCUCGUUGAAUUCUCAGAUAACAGGCCUGUGUUAGACAUGCUAUUGUCACGACCAAUGGGAUUACUUGCUCUACUUGACGAAGAAAGCAGGUUCCCAAGAGCGACAGACAGAAGUCUUAUAGAAAAAUUUCAUAAUAACCUCAAGAGUAAAUAUUACGUCCGACCUAAGUCUGAUGCAAUAUGCUUCGCAAUCCAUCACUUCGCCGGUCGAGUAGUGUAUCAAGCUGAAGGUUUCUUAGAGAAAAAUAGAAACUUCUUACCCCCGGAAGUGGUUCAACUAAUGAGGCAGAGUCAAUAUGACAUCAUCAGAUUUUUGUUCCAGUGCCCUAUUACGAAAACAGGAAAUCUAUACUCUCCUCUCCAGGGCGAUUUAGAUACUAGGACAUUAGAAAGCCCAAUUUGUGGAGAUAUUCGGGAUCGCUUUAACAGCAGAGGUCUGGCCUCACAGUCUCGUGCUCAACAAACUGUAGCUACUUACUUCCGUUAUUCAUUGAUGGAAUUACUACAAAAAAUGGUUAGCGGCACUCCACAGUUCGUUAGAUGCCUCAAACCGAACGACUCGCGAUCACCCAAACAUUUUGAUUCGGCAAAAAUCUUAAAACAACUUAGAUACACAGGAGUACUAGAAACUAUAAGAAUAAGACAGAAUGGCUUCUCUCAUCGACUCUCUUUUGAAGAGUUUAUUAAGAGAUAUAGUUUCUUAGCAUUUAGUUACGACGAAGAAGUAAAACCGAAUCGAGACACGUGCCGUAAUUUACUGAUGAGACUUAAAAUGGAUGGAUGGGCGCUUGGCAAAUCCAAAGUCUUUCUUAAGUACUACCACGUAGAAGUUCUUGCCAGAAUUUAUGAAGAACAGAUUCGAAAAGUAAUACUAGUGCAAGCAUGUGGCCGCGGCUGGCUGGCCCGCCGCUACUACCAGCGGUUGAAGGCUCAGAUGGCGAUAUCGGUGUUGACGCUGCAGCGACAUGUACGUGGCUGGCUCACUCGCAAGAAACUGCAGGAGCGGCAACGACAACUCGCCAGAGAGUUCCAGCGGGAACAGAUGGAGCAAGACAGUCAGAGGAGACAUCAGAAAUCCGGUGUACCAAACAAAAACAAAGCAAUGCUGAAGGCGAAAGUGUUACGCAGAAUGACGUCAGAUGAUAGCGAUAGUAAUGAAACAAAUUACGGCAACAAAGAGAACAUCGACACUAACAAAGCUGCUGUUGUCAUUCAAAGCCAUUUUCGAGGGUAUACGGCUCGUCGCAAGUGGGCUAAGGGUCGUGCUCCUCCACCCCCCAAGCAGCCAGCACCCCCACCGCCGACGUCACAACAACUAAUGCAACAAUACUCCGUACAAGAACGUGCGGCGCAACUACAAAAUUUUGCUGAUCAGGUUCACGAUAAAAAUCAAGAAAUGCACAAGAACCUUCGUCGUAACAAGCCUGGUGUACGUUUGCAAGAUGUUCAGCGGCCGCCUGAUGAAUACCGUCCUCCGCCAGGAUUUACAUUAGUACCGGCCAUUAUAAGAGGGCAACCAUCACAGCUUGAACGAGAUGCUAGCAGACUAUCCAGGUAAAUUCAAGAUGUAUAUACUAAUUACUCUCACGCCAGCAAUUUUUAUGAUUAACUUGCAAUAAUGCAAACAAAAUUUUUAAUAUUCUCCUCCAAUUGAUAAUAAUACAUGUUUG